GAACAGCCGACGUUAAUUCGAUAAAGUUAAAAUAAAAAUGUCAACAUUGCAUGCAUUCACUCAAUUCACUGGACUUAUUAUAAUAUAUAUGGCCAUACUACCGACAUAUCCAUGAAUCGAAAUAAUGAAUGAAAUAUUUCUGCGUACAAAUAAAUGUGAAUACAAACCAGGAGAUGAUAUUUAUGGUGUUGUUUACCUGAAGAUUGCAUCAGCAACAGGGGGAAGAGGUGUAAGGCUCAAGUUUCUUGGCUGUGAAAAGUUUGUUUACGAGUACAAGAAUGCUGUAUUGACGGACUCUGACUCCCAGAAGUUUGAGGAAUGUCGUCACCAUGUCAGCUACAAUGAGACACUCUUUGAAUCCGAUGAGCCUCUCUAUAUACGCAGUACUCUCAUACCAUUCAAGAUUUCCCUGCCGUCUGAAAUCCCAGGCACAUUUGAGGCAUGUAAUGAAACUGAGGUAGUGAGGUGGCAUGCCAGUAUGAAAUUCUCUCUCGAGGUCUCCGUCAUUGAUGCUGAGUAUCUCAAGAUAGUGCAAGCCAUAAUGGUGUUUGAAGCUCUGUCUCAGAGAUUGUGCAAAGCUAACAUUCCUGAGGCUGUUUCAGUCAGCUACAGAAGAACGCUGGCUAUUCUUUUUACCUCCCAGAUAAAUGUUACUGCCAGAUUGUUUGAACAUACCAACCGGAGUGCAGAGAACUUGCAGCUUAGAAUCAUUAUUUCCAAUAAUACAAAUAAAGCUGUCAAAAGCUUGAAAAUAAAGUUAUUACGAUACAUCCAUUUGCUGGGAAAAUGGCGGGAAAUGAUUACCCCUUGUGAAGAUGCGCGUGUAAUGCGGAAUGGAGACCGUGUUGAAAUUGCUGUAGAAAGUGGGGAAUCAGUUAUCCGUGAACAGUUGCUGGACAUGGAGCAUUUCCAACAAGGUGUAGACAAUAUACAGAUCCCUCUAAGAGGUUGUGAUAACACGCCCCUCCCUCCCACCGUUAAUGGACACCAUAUACAGUGUUGGUAUGAGGUACAAUUGGAAGUGACCUUGUCUAACGACGACAAAGUUGAUCUCAAGGUGCCCGUAGCUGUGAUAUGGCCGCCAAAGAACAAAGAGUGGGGCAAGUGGAAGUGUCCCCAAUGGGUGGCAAAGGAGGCGCUCAACAUCGACAUCUACCAUACCACCUCUGUGCUUAGGGUGCCACAAAACCUCCUGUCAAGCCCGGCCUUCUCAAGUAUACCAGGCUUCAAUCCAACCUGACACUCAGACACAGCGCUGUUUUGGUGUUUAUGCUCAUAUCUCUGCCAAGGGGAAUGCUUGUCGAGAUCUGUUUUAUUCAUUUAGAAAGCUUCUGAUUAAAAUGCCCUCUGUUUCAUUAUGUCAUUAACUAGGGCCUCUCUAAAAACCAUGUGCCUCAAAAUAAUCAUCUUGUUUGUCCAUGUGUCUGCCUGACCAUCUACAGUUUAAGACCAUUAAAAAUGUCAGCUUCAAACUUUAUUAAACGAAUAACAACAUGCUCUUUUAUGACAAGUAAUGUAACUCAAACUUGAAGCAAAUCGCUCAUGUUUUGGCACCAAAAACAAGUUUUCCCGGUAGUGCAGAUGAAACACUUAUAUUAUAAUUAGUUUAUGGUACUCUUUGAUAUCGAAAUGGCAGAAAAAUUACAAUUUAAGUAUAAAAAGAAAAUCAGUUUUUUUGUGGGGAGCAAACCCAGGCUGGUACAGACAAGAAAAAAGAAAAACAAUAUCUUAACCACUUUACCUCAGGGACUCGUACAUUGAAUGUAACACGUGAUAAUGUCAAUCAACCAAUCACGCUACAGCCUUUUGUUGAAUUGCCUUAGCACCAGUUUUGGAAGUCACGGCCAAUAUAUGAGCAUAUUUCAACAUUUGUUGAAGGGUUCCAGCUGUCUUAGUUAAUCACCCCUGAUGAUUUGACACACUUCAUUUUGUAUUCCAAACAAACAAACAAAAUCAUGCAUUUUACACAUGAGCGAGUCCCUUUAAAUAAUUUCAGGUAAAUGGCCCAAUUGUAAACUGACAAAACCUAGCAAAUCAAAUUACUUUUCACAGAACUGGAAAUGUUUUUAAAGAGAUUAUAGGGGACUUUAGCAUCAAUAUAAUUAUUGCAGUGUGAACAUAUAUGUAGUACUAUAACCAUUACCCACUGAGUGAUUGUUACCAAAUGACCUCCCAUACUUUGAACAAAUGCUUAAUUAAGCACAAUAUAUUGAAAAAAGUGAAUGGAAAUUUAAAAAAAAUAUAAAUAUCCUGUUUGACUAGGGCACAGUACAAAAUCCAUAACACUGUGGGCCACUGUUCAUUUGUUGUCUCCCUUGAAAUACCCGGUAAAGAGUUUAGUAAUGAACUUACUUUUCAAUUAACUUGGCUAAUUUAAGAUUGAAAAGAAUGUAACUUGAAUCAUCCAUAAUAAAUAAAUGGAAAUGUGUUAUUGUGAGUGGUACCAGAAUCACAACUCUUAGACACAUUUUUUACUAAAUUGCAUCCCUUGAUAUGAUGCCAGUUUUAUAACAAUUUGUAAAAACAAAGUAAUACAAUUGAUAAAUUGGUUAAUGGCAAUAGCACUUGUGCACAAUUAAAAAACAAACUGUUCUUUGGUUCCUGAUUAUCUUGAUUGACACACAAGAAUGUUGUAUAAAAAUAUUUAAAAAAAAACCUGAAAAUCUUAAUGGAAUUUAUGGGCAUAUAAUUGUACCCAUUUGUAUAAUAAUAACUCUAAGAUACAUUCUCGAAGUUAAAUCCCUUGAUAUUUAAUAUAUUUUAGUAAUCAUAUAUUGAUUUUACUUUUUGCUUGGACAAAAUGGCAAUAUGAAUUUUACACAAUACUUCAAGAACUUCAAUUUUUUACCACUCUUGUACACAAUGCACAUGGUUAGAAAAAAAUAUAAACCUACCCUGGGAAAUACUAAAUAGCUACAAUGGGAAAUAGUAAAUAGCUUCCAUGGAAAUAGUAAAUAGCUUCCGUGGAAAUAGUAAAUAGCGUCCGUGGAAAUAGUAAAUAGCUAUCAUGGGAAAAAAAUGAAAAGCUACUAUAGGAAAUAGUUAUUAGCUACUAUGGGAAAUAAGAAAUAAGCAACCAUGAGAAAUGGUUACACAUACAAUCUUGUGCCAUGUUGAUAUUUUGCUGGUCAAAAUAAUAUGUCAAUAGAGCAGUCAAGGCACUGGACAAUUUGUGAUUUGCAAAAAUGAUUGUUAUUUCACUGUAAAAUAGUAUGUUUCAUUUAGGAAAAUAAAUUAACUUUGCAUUCUAUUUGUUAAUGCAAUGUCACAACUGUUUGCAUUAUGAUUGCGUUAUCUUUUGAUCUAGGUGGCAUUACUUAGCUAAAUGUAAAUACUUAUUCAUAGUGUGUUAUUGUUUUAUGACAUAUUAUGUAUUUGUUAAGAUUUGGUAAAAAUAUGAAUGAUAAAUGUGCAAUUUUAUCAUUUUUGUUUUUUGGCUGAUAAAAUGGUUAUGUUCUGACAUUCUUUUUAUAAAGAUCAUGUGUUCACAAAUUUUAUAGCCUAAAUCAAUUUUAAAGAGAACUAAUACCAAUAUUUAUUAUAUGCUUUCCUGUGGUUUAUAGAGAUUUAUCGGUGAAAUAAAAAUUUAUAUUUUU